GUCUACACCAAAUUGGGUGUGACACAUUUCUCAUACUAAUAAUUCGAGCCGUAAAAUACUUCUAAAAUAUUAUUUUAAGGGUCACUGUAAGAUCAGUUUAUACUGAUAUCGGUAGGGACUUGAUCGAUUCAUUCAGUUUUUGUCCCGGCAAAUUCAGGGACGAAAAUCGAUCAAACUCUUGUCGAUAUCUGGAUGAGCUGAAUUUGUUUGUAUUUUUGCAGGAAGUCUUUAAAACAUAAUUUACCCAUUUUGAGUGGCUCCAAUCAUUAGUAUAGAACCCCGAACUGAGUCCCUCACAAUGUGGUGAUGUACACCAAAUGGUGCACCCAUAGUUCAAUUGGUUAAGAGUUUAACAGAAUGUGAAUCAGGAUUGUGGUGGUGAAUGAUAUGAAUCUGGACCGGCAACAGCCGAAUUGGCCUAAUGUGAUGUGAAACUUAAUAGAAAUAGUACACCUGCAGAGACUACACUGUAUUCAGUUCACCGGAUGUUUUAGUUGUUUCUCACUUCCAACUUUACUUUUCCCGCACUGGCUUUUCGUCAAUGGGGUCUUUUUCGUCGUGUCAUACAAAAAAUUAUGUAAAAAUUUGACAUUUGUGUCAGUCGAAGUUGAAGAAUAUUUUAAUUCGGUAAUGAUAUCAAGAUACAAAGUUUUUUCUUAUAGAAGUCAAUGGAGAAGAAGAAUUUAUCCAGAGGUGGAAUAGGAAUUGAAAUCUUUUAGAGAUUUUUGUACCGAUGGUUACUGGUGUUAUAUGGUACUGUGGACCGUUCCACAAACAAGCUCAAUGACAGUUGAUUGGGAGAGCUUGAAAAAACGCCUGCUGUCUGCUUGCCCUUCAUUUUUGAUGUCAUCUUACUUCAACCAGAAGUCCAGUGGUUCCCCUCCUUUGUUGUACAUGUUGAAGGUUUUUUGCCUCGACCGGAAAGGGUUGUUACAUGAUGUUACUAAAGCCCUCUGUCAGCUUGAGCUUUCUAUUGAAAGAGUGAAAGUGAUGACAACGCCAGAUGGCAAGCUCUUGAAUCUCUUCUUCAUCACAGAUAACACGGACCUAUUACAUACCACAAAGAGACGAGAGGAAGCAUGUAAACAUCUUGGCGUUGUCUUGGGGGAGUAUUGCAUCAGCUGUGAACUUCAGCUUGCAGGGCCUGAAUCUGUAAGUCAGCUAGAUUUUUCGCCUCUUUCAGAAGCAGUUGCUGAAGAAUUAUUCAGUCAUAACCUGUCGAGGAAGGAAGCAAGUUUGCAAACACUAAGCCCUGACAUGGAAAAAGUAAAUCUGGGGGCUAUUACAUUCGAUGAUUUUCUGAGCCCAGCUCAUACGUUGCUUCAAAUACAAUGUGUUGAUCAAAAGAGUGUUGUGUAUGACAUUUUGAGGACUUCGAAGGACUUCAAUAUUCAGAUUGCAUACGGAAGAAUAUCACCCAGUGUGGAAGGCAGCAGGAAUGUGGAUCUAUUAAUCCAGAAAGCAGAUGGGAAAAAGAUCGUAGAGCCGGACAGUCAGAUUGCUCUGUGUUCUCGUUUGAAGGAGGCGAUGCUUCGUCCGAUGCGAGUUACCAUUGCCAACCGCGGCCCAGAUGCUGAACUCUUCGUUGCUAAUCAGGUUGAGUUAUCUGGAAAAGGAAGGCCACGUGUUUUCUAUGAUGUUACUUUCACUCUAAAGAUGCUUGGGAUAUGUGUCUUUUCGGCUGAAAUCAGAAGGCAUUUAACCUCAGAUCGUGAGUGGGAAGUGUACAGAUUCCUUUUGGGUGAAAGCCGCGAAUUUCCUUUAGCAAGUAGUCAAGCUAGAACAGAGAUUGUGGACAGAGUGAGAAGAACACUUAUGGGCUGGUGAUCCAAUUCAUGUCUUCAUUGGUCAUCAAGAGGAACUUCUCUCUCUCUCAAGACUUUUAGUCAGCCUCAUUUCUGCUUAGCUGAAGGCGCCCUCUGCUGAGAAUCAUGUCCAGCUAGAUAUGGAGAAGAACCAGAGUCCCUGCAACUCUGUGGCCAACUGUGGGGGAUUAUCAAGGUGAAACUCGUCGCCUCCCCAAAGUUCUAUAGGCUAGAAAACCAUAUCCCGGUCUAAUACUUGCCUGUUUACAUUUGGUCAUCCGAGUACGUGGGGGAAGAUUGUCUAGGAUGACUUGUAAGGCUUUUGCAAAGUGUUGGAUUCAUCAUUUCUUAUGGAUAGGACAUGACGAAGCAGCAAAUUAUCCAUGUUUCUUACUAUACUCAUUCUAGAUACGUAUCAUGUAUUGCAAGUGAAUGUUCAAUUGAGAAUGCCGAUGACAUCUCUUACUUUUAUCCAAUUGUUUUGAGCGUCUCGCAUGGGUGCUUCGUCCAUUGCAAAGAGUUCAUGUAAAAGAGUUGAUGAGCAUUACAUACUCUUUGCAGUCUUUGUUAUGUACCGUUUGAACUCAAAUGUAGCGAAUCGGAUGUGUAGUAGCCGAUAAAAUCACUACUUGGUUA